AUGACUUUACCAAAUCUUUCCAAUACAACUUAUCUUCAUACAUUGACCACUGGUAUAAACACAUUACGGUUUCUUGAACGUUUAGUAGAAUGUAUACCUCUCAUCGAAAAUCUCUCUGUUGGUGUACAAGAGACAGAGAUUUAUGAUGAUGACAAAUUUGACAUAAUCCCAUUGCCUGUUACCGUCGAUGCUCGUUUUCUUCGUCGUCUAUCCCAUCUUAAAUUGCAUUGUAUGAGUAAAAGAAGUUUCCAUAAAGCCAUUGCGCUUUUAUCGUCAGUGUUUGGCCAACUUACUCAUCUAUCAUUAAAAUUAAAUGCAUAUACAUCAAUCUCUGGUGCAUUGAUUAUAUCAGGUGAUACUAUUCAACAAUUAUGUAUCGAUCGUCUAAAACCAUCGGCAAUCUAUACUCUUAAUCUAUCAGUCAAUGUUAUUAAAGAGUCGGAGGAAAAAAUAAUUUUCACCUCAUUUGUUAAAGCUUCAUUUGCUCGUCGAGAACGACCGAAGGUGUUUGUCCAAGAACUUGAUAAUGGAACGAUUGGUCAUAAUUAUCAUUGUUUUAUAGUAUACACUGCACCAUAUAAUGAUAGGAUGCUUCCAACGUACUUGUUCUCUACAGAUCUGGAAAAGUGUGUAUAA